GAGAACUGAAACAGAACAACCACCAAAAUGGCUGUUGGGGGAUUCGCCGCUGAUUCUUCAGCCAAUGGCGGCGGCUUCAACGGAAAAAUAACAAUCUCAGUUGUCAUCACUUGCAUCGUUGCUGCUUCCGGUGGACUCAUCUUUGGAUAUGACUUAGGAAUUUCAGGAGGUGUCACUACGAUGAAACCAUUUCUUGAAAAAUUCUUCCCUGAUGUGUUGAGAAAGGUUGCAAGCGUCGAAACGAACAUGUACUGUGUGUAUGAUAGCGAGAUCUUGACAUUAUUCACAUCCUCCCUUUAUCUAGCAGGGCUAGUGUCUACUCUCCUAGCCAGCCGAGUCACCACGACAUUGGGUCGGAGAAACACCAUGAUCUUGGGUGGUUGCAUCUUUUUUGCUGGUGGUGCUAUUAACGGUGCUGCUGAAAACAAAGCCAUGCUCAUCUUAGGUCGUAUUUUAUUGGGUUUUGGGCUCGGUUUCACUAAUCAAGCUACCCCAUUGUACCUAUCAGAAAUCGCUCCACCCAAAUGGCGAGGUGCGUUCCUCACCGGCUUCAAUUUCUUCAACGGAAUCGGCGUGGUGGCCGCGAACUGCAUAAACUACGCAACCGCCAAGCACACAUGGGGGUGGCGUCUCUCCCUCAGCCUCGCCGUCGUCCCCGCCACCAUCAUGACCCUCGGCGCGUUCCUCAUCCACGACACUCCCAGCAGCUUAGUCGACCGCGGCAAGAUUGACCAAGCCAGACACGCGCUGCGCAAAUCGCGAGGCUCCACCGUCGAUGUGGAACCUGAACUGGAGCACGUGAUUCUAUCAACACAUGUUGCAAAAACUAUGGAGCAGGAGAGUUUCAUGACCAUAUUUGAGAAGCAGUAUCGACCUCAGUUGGUGAUGGCGUUUGCUAUCCCUUUAUCUCAGCAGCUUACUGGGAUCAACAUUGUGGCGUUUUAUGCACCUAAUCUGUUUCAAUCUGUGGGGUUUGGCAAUGACUCUGCAUUGCUUUCAGCUAUUAUAUUGGGACUUGUCAACCUUGGUUCUAUUUUGGUGUCUGGUGCUGUUGUUGAUCGGUUUGGUCGGAGAUUCUUGUUCAUUGUUGGUGGCAUUCAAAUGUUUGUCUGUGAGAUUGCGGUGGCUGUUGUGCUAGCACUAGAGACAGGGGUACAUGGUACAGAACACAUGUCAAAAGGCAACACAAUACUGGUACUGGUGUUAAUGUGCUUCUACGCAGUAGGUUUUGGUGUUUCAUGGGGCCCUCUUUGUUGGCUAAUUCCAAGUGAGAUUUUUCCCUUAAAAAUCAGAUCCACUGGGCAAAGCAUAGCAAUUGCUGUGCAGUUCGUAGCCAUAUUUAUUUUAUCCCAAACAUUCUUGACAAUGUUGUGUCACUUUAAGUUUGGGGCUUUCCUAUUCUAUGCGGGUUGGAUUGCAGUGAGCACGCUCUUUGUUUUUCUGUUCUUGCCUGAGACCAAAGGGAUUCCUUUGGAUUCAAUGUACGCAAUAUGGGGCGAACACUGGUAUUGGCGUCGGUUUGUUGUUAAAGAACAAGUUAACCAAGAUAAUCAUCCAUGAGUUAUGAGUACAUGGUUAAGCAAAAGAAAUGCAGUUAUUUGCAAUACAAGAAUUGUGCGUGUCUAUGUACAAUGAGAAACGCUUAUUUAAGCAUGUAGCAUGUAUGUACAUUAUUCCACUAAAGGAACUUAUGUUUGUUUGCA